UUUAUAAGUGGAAGCACCCCCUCCACCGCCACCAAUAAACUCACUCGCAUCCUAAAUUGCAAUAUGGGGUGGCAUCAGAUCCUCCUCCGCCUCCUCCUCUGUUUCCACUUUUUCAUGCAUGCCUCCCUCCGCUUUGCUUCGUCCCUUUGCCCUCCUGACCAACGCGAUGCCUUGCUCCAUUUUAAGAGUUCCUUCGUGCUUGAUAGCAUGGCAUCGGAAAAUUGUGAUUGGUAUGGCCCUGUCGUGUCUUAUCCGAAGACAAACUCAUGGAACAAGGGCGUGGACUGCUGCUCGUGGGACGGCGUCACUUGUGACGGUGUCACCGGCAACGUCAUCGGUCUCGAUCUUAGUUGCAGUCGGCUUCGUGGCGCUCUCCAUUCCAAUAGCUCCCUCCAUCUCCUUCGCCAUCUUCGGAGCCUCAAUCUUUCCAGCAAUGACUUUGUUGGCUCACACAUUUUAUUUAAUUUGAGUGCUUUUGCAACAUUGACUCAUCUGAAUCUCUCUUAUUCAGUUUUUUUGGGCCCCGUUCCCGAUGAAAUCUCUCGCCUCUCUAAGUUGGUGUCACUUGAUCUCUCUAACAAUUUUAAUUUUGACACAUACUCGUUCUCUACUCUCAGGUUGGAAAAUUCGAUCUUCACAAUGCUUGUUCGGAAUCUAACAACAUUGAGAAAGCUUGUUCUCGAUGGAGUAGACAUGUUCAUGGUUUCACCAAAGUCCUUUGCGAACUUGUCAUCUUCUUUGACAUAUUUGAGCGCUGAUUCUUGUUCCUUAGGGGGGAUAUUUCCAGAUUCUAUUUUUCGAUUACCGAGCCUUAGAUUUCUCGAUAUGAGUUGCAAUGAAAACAUGUCUGGAACUCUUCCCAAAUCCAAUUGGACCAGUCCUCUCGAGUCUUUGUCUCUCCGGUCUACGAGCUUUUUGGGAGAAAUACCCAAUUCAAUUGGUACCUUGAAGAGUUUAACAUUUUUAGAUCUUGCAAUGUGCAAAUUCACAGGACACGUCCCAUCAUCAUUAGCAGAUCUCCAGCAACUCCAAGUUCUGGAUAUUGCCUGGAAUAGCUUUAGCGGGGUUGUAGAGUUUGAAGUCUUUUCAAAGCUUAAAAAUAUCCAAGAGCUUAGUGUUUCUCAAGAACUAAAUCUAAUCUACGAUACACUGAAGUAUACAUUCCCGAAGCUUGAAGUGUUGAGGUUGUCCUUUUGCAACUUGACCAAGUUUCCCUAUUUCCUGAAUUCAUUGAAAAGAUUAACAUACUUAUACCUCUCUUCAAAUAGGAUUAGUGGGGAGAUCCCGAGGUGGUUUUGGGGAGUAAGCCAUGAUACAUUGGAACGGUUGGAUCUUUCUUUUAACCUUUUGGGGGGAGUUAUACAACAAUUGCCCUGGAAGAGAUUAUCAAUUAUUAACAUUGACAACAACUCAUUCCAAGGACCACUCCCCAUCCUUCCUCUUUCCACUUCCGUGUUUUAUGCCUUCAACAAUGGUUUCACCGGUGAGAUCCCCUCUACGAUUUGCCAGUUGAGUUCACUCCAACGUUUGGAUUUGUCUCACAAUAAUCUCUCUGGGAAUAUGCCACCAUGUUUUGGUAAUAUAACCAAUCUCCGGUCUCUACACUUGAGCAGCAAUAGAUUACAAGGACCAUUACCGCGUUCCCUGGUCAAAUGCGUGAACUUAUCGACACUAGUUCUCAGUGGCAAUGAGUUCAGUGAUUUCUUCCCACAUUGGCUAGAAGCACCGCAACUCUAUUACCUUGAUUUGCAAUCGAACAAAUUUCAUGGUAGGAUCAACCUCACUGCCUUUGGACUCUCUUUCCUUGCUCUUGAAGUUCUUCUUAUUUCCAACAACAAUUUCACUGGACAGUGGUCCACAGAGUUUUUCUCAAACACCUCACUAUAUAUAAUAGAUUUGUCCAACAACAAGUUUGGAGGGCCAAUUCCACUUCCAUCUCCCAUCACAUUUUAUUAUGCUAUUGCAAGUAAUAAGUUGGCUGGAAAGAUCCCCUCUUUGAUAUGCAAUUUCACAAGGCUUGAGAUCAUUGACUUGUCCAACAACAACUUAACAGGUAGUUUGCCUCGGUGCUUAACAAAUUUUAGCACCAAUCUAUCAGUUUUGAACUUGCGAAUGAAUUACCUCGAGGGCGCAAUUCCUCGAUCUUUUUCUUCGAGAAGUAGCUUGAUGACUCUUGACUUGAGUCAAAAUCGAUUUGAAGGCAUGUUGCCUCGGUCGCUUGUUAAAUGUUGGCAUCUUGAAGUUUUGGAUCUCAGUGAUAAUCGGAUAGAGGAUACAUUUCCAAGAUGGUUGGGAGCACUCCCAGAACUAAAAGUUCUCGUUUUGAGGUCAAACAAUUUGAGGGAUCUUUUGGAUAUUCCUAGAGGAGCUCACAUCUUUCCCAAGUUACACAUUUUGGACCUCUCCAACAACAACUUUAGAGGUUCUUUGCCAACCAACUUGAUAAUGAUCCUUAGAGCCAGUGUGAAUGGCGAAAAUGUGCGGGACGAAUCAUUAUAUAUGACACGGUAUCUUGGGGGACGGAGUGCUCCAUCGAGGUUAUAUGAAAAUUCCGUGACCCUGACCAUAAAAGGGCAAGAGAUUGAGCUAGUGAAGAUCGUAACCUUCCUCACAAUUAUUGACUUGUCGAACAACUCUUUCCAAGGGGAUAUCCCGGGAGUAAUUGGACAUCUUCACUCUCUCGUAGGUCUCAACCUUUCUCAUAACCACUUUACAGGUUCCAUCCCUCCGACUUUAGGGAACUUGACUAAUCUUGGAUGGCUAGAUCUUUCUUCGAACAAGCUUAGUGGGAUAAUUCCUAGAAAAUUGGGAGAUUUGGCAUCCCUUGGGUACUUAAACCUCUCGAACAACCAGCUCACCGGUCAAAUUCCUCAAGAUAAGCAAUUGAGCACAUUUUCAAGCGACUCGUUUAGUGGGAAUCCGAGCUUAUGUGGAACUCCAUUGCCAAAAGCAUGCCUUGGCGAUGCUCAACCUCCUCCACCAUCGUCCUCAUCAACUUUCGACCAUGAAGGGCAUGAGAGUUGGUUCAAACAGAAAACAAUGUGGAUAGGUUAUUCAUCGGGGAUAGUAAUUGGGAUUUCGCUAGCAUACAUUGCAUUUGAAAUGGAAAAACCAAAAUGGCUCAUGCGAGGUGUGAGAAUGCUAGAGAGAAGAGCAGUCGAGUGGACGGAGAAACCAAAGUGGAAGGCCAUCAAAUUUUAUGGACAAUGAAAUUGUUUGAGGAGUUGUCUUUAUAAACUAGCAUUGUAAAUUCAGUUAAUAAAGAUGUCUCCAUGUGAGAUUGAAAUGGCAUUUCCCUUACGAA